AUGGACGGCUUCCGUGACGACGAGGGUGCACUGGCAUUCGACAGCAGAGAGCUCCUGACCAAGAGUCGGCUCCGGCGGAAAAGAAUGCGCACCCGGGGCCCCGAGGCAGACAAAAUCGACAGCCAUCUCAACGCCCGACAUCCCUUCUUCGUCCGCGAGGCCCACGCCAGGCGUCAAGCAGCAGAAAGUCCCAAGAUUUGGCGCGUGAGGCGUACCGGCGGCGCAAACGGCAGCGACAGCAGCAGCGAGUCCGAAUCGGAAAGCAAGAAGGCGGCAAAGCCGAGACCAACGACGACUCGUGCCAACAAGGUCAACGCGGCAGUGACUGGGAGGCCGCAACGGAUCAAACCCAUCCCGGUGUUCGCAACCGCAAGACCAAUUUCAACCGUUCAGCCUGGUCCGUCGGAUCGCGUCGCGGCCAUUGGGAACUCGUCUUCUCCCUCUCCCUCUCGCGCUCCGGACACCACCCCGACUACUCCCCCGGCCGCCCCCCCAGCCGCCACUUCUUCCGCACCCCCCCUCAUUCCCGACAUCAAGGCGCCGCAACCCUCGCAGUCCACGGAGACAAACCAGAUGCCAGCCGCCCAGGAGUCGGGGUUUCGCUUCCCCGGGGUGGAGGCCGCCAAGGAGCAGGACGGCGGGGAAAAGGACCUGCGGGCAGGGCGCUUCAGCCAAGGUGCAGAAGCCGGGAUCGUGAUUGGAACGCUAGCCUUCAUUGCCCUCUUGGCGAUGGUGAUAGUCUGCUACCGCCGCAAAAGAUCCAAAAAGCGCGGCGUUGGCCGUAUGGCCUCGGAGAAGGGCUCCGCGGGAAUGAACUCGCCGCCGCGGACCCAAUCCAACAUCAUGGACGAGGCCAUGAAAGCCGCUUACGCCGCCAACGACGACGCCUACACCGCCAAGCCCACCCCCGGGGUGCCACCCCCAUUGCGCGUCUCGGUCAAGGAGCCGGAGAACCCCGAGCUAAGACCUGUCCACGUGGCGCCGUCGCCGCCCCAAAACCUCCACAUCUAUCCUCCGGAGCGGGCUCCUGCUGAUCAAUACCGUGUCCGGUCCAUGCCGGCGUCGGAUGAGCCGGAGGAGUGGCGGACUUGGAACCCGGAUCAAAGCCAGGCCACUCGCCCGUUAAACUGGCUUUAA